AUGCAGCGAUCGCGAAAAGCUCUUCUACAAAGAAGAGCUAUAGAGAAAGCUGCAAAUGGAAGAAACUGUGUUUAUAAAGUUUCUUUGUCUUUGGUUUUUGUUUUGUGGGGGCUUGUUUUGCUCUUUAGCUUAUGGUUAAGUUCCGGCAAUGGAUAUCGAGAUGCUUCCGAGGAAGUUCGAGUUAUGGUAUCAGACUGGAAAGAAAACGAGCACAGGCAGCGUAAAAACUCUGAAUCCGACGAUGAAUAUUUGACUAAAGGGGUUGAUGUCUACAUUCCUUCUAAUACUUUAUGCUCUGAUGGUGCUAAAACUGACGAUUUUAUUGGCUACUCGCUUUUCGACAAAGAAAACAUGAACGAUUUUGCGCACAAUGGUAAAGAAAAGUACCUUUCGUCUAUUAGAAAGGAGCAUGAAGUUGAGAGAUCUGAAUCUUCGGUGAAAUAUGAAAAUGAUGAGAAAAUAUUGGAUCGUUUGUCUGCGGCCGUGCCGCUCGGUCUCGAUGAGUUCAAGAGCAGGGCAGUUAGUUCUAAAAUUAAUUGGAGUACUAGUCCAUCCGGAAGUGUAAUACAUCGAGUAGAGCCAGGUGGCGAUGAAUACAAUUACGCUUCAUCGUCGAAAGGUGCAAAAGUGUUAGCUUCUAACAAAGAUGCUAAAGGAGCUUCUAAUAUCUUAACGAGAAACCAAGACAAAUAUCUUCGGAAUCCGUGUUCUUCGGAAGAUAAAUUCGUCGUUAUAGAACUUUCGGAAGAAACUUUGGUAGAUACAAUAGAAAUAGCGAACUUUGAGCAUUAUUCUUCUAACUUAAAAGAUUUUGAAUUGCAUGGUAGUUUGGUUUAUCCGACCGAUGUUUGGAUAUUUCUCGGAAAUUUCACUGCCUCGAAUGUGAAACAGGUUCAACGGUUUGUUCUUCAGGAACCAAAAUGGGUUCGGUAUCUAAAACUGAGUCUUCAAAGUCAUUACGGAUUCGAAUUUUAUUGCACGUUAAGCAUAGUUGAAGUUUACGGUGUUGACGCCGUUGAGAAAAUGCUCGAGGAUUUGAUAUAUGCACAAGAAAACGGUGAUAAGAAAGUAGCAAUAGCACCGUCCGAUCGGAAAUCGUCCAAUGACGAUGAUGAUAAUGACGAUAUUUGGAAAAUGAGUUCUGAUACUUCUACUACAGAAACCUCUUCCGCGAAAGAUGAAAGUGUAAAAAGAAAUACUCCCGAUCCAAUCGAGGAAACCCGUCAACAAGUUGGCAGGAUGCCCGGAGAUACCGUCCUAAAGAUUCUAAUGCAGAAAGUUCGUUAUCUCGACGUGAAUUUAUCGGUUUUGGAGCAAUAUUUAGAGGACUUAAAUUCUAAAUAUGUUAAAAUUCUGAAAGAGUAUAGCAAUGAGGUAAGCGAAACCGAUAUUGUUCUGCAGACGAUCAAAGACGACAUUAGGAGGUUCCUUGCCAGACAAGAAACUAUAAUGAAAGAUGUUAAAGAUCUUGAUUCUUGGAAGUUCCAUUUUUCUGAGCAAUUGAAUCAUAUUCUUAGAGACAAUGCUGUUUUGAGGAAUGAAGUUGAAAGGGUACUUGAAAAUCAAGUAUCUUUGGAAAAUAAAGGUGUAUUAGUGUUUUGUGUAUGUGUUAUUUUUUCAUUAUUUGCAAUAUUAAAGCUAUCUUUGGAUAUGAUAAUGAGCAUAGAUGGAGCAAUUAAAUCAAGAAAAUUUUGCCAAUGUAGUUCUUCUUGGUUUAUCCUAUUAUUGAGUUGUAACAUUAUUAUUUUUAUAUUAACUUCAUAA